GACGCCGGCGCUGAGCGCCGUGACGCUCAGCCGGUCCUUGUGGAGUGCGGGUCUCUGCUGCGGACGCCGGGGGCCGGCGCGGCGUUGGCCGCCCCCGGCCUCGCCGAGUGCAGCGCGCCCGAAGGCCAGUGCUUGCGCUCCGUCCGCGGCCCGGCGCCCGAGGUGGGCGGGGAGGCCGCCGCACAGACGCCGCACGCUGCGCCGCCGCUUUCGCGUCGCCCGCUUCCGGCCGCGGCGGCCGCCAUUUUGCUCGCGCGGAAGCGCCGCGGUGGGGUGGGAACCCAAGCGGGAGAGCCGCGGGCUGUGGGGCCGCAGCCAUGCCGUCGUCCCCGCUGCGGGUGGCGGUGGUGUGCUCAAGCAACCAGAACCGGAGCAUGGAGGCGCACAACAUCCUCAGCAAACGGGGAUUCAGCGUCCGAUCCUUUGGAACAGGGACUCACGUGAAGCUUCCAGGACCAGCUCCCGACAAGCCCAAUGUUUAUGAUUUCAAAACCACAUAUGACCAGAUGUACAAUGAUCUUCUUAGGAAAGACAAAGAACUCUAUACACAGAAUGGGAUUUUACAUAUGCUGGACAGAAAUAAGAGAAUCAAGCCCCGACCAGAAAGGUUCCAGAACUGCAAAGACCUGUUCGAUCUGAUCCUCACUUGCGAAGAGAGAGUGUAUGACCAGGUGGUGGAAGAUCUGAAUUCCAGAGAACAGGAGACCUGCCAGCCUGUGCACGUGGUCAACGUGGACAUCCAGGACAACCACGAGGAGGCCACCCUGGGGGCGUUUCUCAUCUGUGAGCUCUGCCAGUGUAUCCAGCACACGGAAGACAUGGAGAACGAGAUUGACGAGCUGCUGCAGGAGUUCGAGGAGAAGAGCGGCCGCACCUUUCUGCACACCGUCUGCUUCUACUGAGCCCGGCGCCCGCCUGGAGCCGCCUGGAGCCGCCUCGAGCUUCCUGUUCAUACUUUUUCCUCCCUGACUUUGGUUUUUACUUACAGGUGUUCCGCUGGUGACGGUAGCAUUACCCGAAUAAACUGUGCAUAUGAAAUGGGAGAGGAGAUGCCAGAAGGCCAGAUUAAAGCAAUCAAGUUUUUUCUUUCCCACUUUUACUUAUGAGCGGGAUAUUGAUUAUAAAGUGUUUCUUCUUUAACCAGAAAGGAAAGACGAUGGUUUGUGUGCACUUCCCGACGUACCUGUGUCUCCAUGUGCCUGCCUUCCCUCCCUCCUGCCCACCCGGCUGGACUGUACACAGCCCUGCUGCGGCGUGUUGGGAAUGACCUGGAAUUGUCAAUAAACAGAUGCUGCUGUCA